GAGAGCGGGGACCGCGCGCGGUGGCCGUGCCCGGAGCGCGCGGGACGGACGGAUCGGGCCGAGCGCGCCGCCUGCACAGCCCUAGGUCUGGGGGAGCGCCUGGGCCCCGAGACCCGCCUUCCCCGGCCGCGCCCCUUCCAGUUCCCCCGAGACGGCGCUUCCUGCACCCGCCGCAACCAUGGCUGAAGAGCAGCCGCAGGUCGAGUUGUUCGUGAAGGCUGGCAGUGAUGGGGCGAAGAUUGGAAACUGCCCCUUCUCUCAGAGACUCUUCAUGGUCCUCUGGCUCAAGGGAGUCACCUUUAAUGUCACCACGGUCGACACCAAGAGGCGGACUGAGACGGUCCAGAAGCUGUGUCCUGGUGGGCAGCUCCCAUUCCUCCUGUACAGCACUGAAGUGCACACGGACACCAACAAGAUUGAGGAGUUUCUGGAGGCGGUGCUGUGCCCACCCAGAUACCCUAAGCUGGCAGCUCUGAAUCCUGAAUCCAACACAGCUGGCCUGGACAUCUUUUCCAAGUUUUCUGCUUACAUCAAGAAUUCAAACCCAGCACUUAAUGACAACCUGGAGAAGGGGCUCCUGAAAGCCCUAAAAGUUCUAGACAACUACUUGACAUGUCCGCUCCCAGAGGAAGUAGAUGAGACCAGUGCUGAGGAUGAAGGCGUCUCUCAGAGGAAGUUUCUGGAUGGCAAUGAACUCACUCUGGCUGACUGCAACCUGUUACCAAAGCUUCACAUAGUGCAGGUGGUGUGUAAGAAGUACCGCGGAUUCUCCAUCCCGGAGGCCUUCCGCGGAGUACAUCGGUACUUGCGCAAUGCUUACGCCCGGGAAGAAUUUGCUUCCACCUGUCCAGAUGACGAGGAAAUUGAGCUGGCCUACGAGGAAGUAGCCAAGGCCCUCAAAUAAGAUCCUCUUGCCUCCCUGAGCCCCCUCAUUUUCUCCACAAAGGCCACGGGGUGGUUUGCACAUGGCUACCCAAUGGACACACUCCAGAAUGGUCAGUGGGCAGAGAAUCCUGGAGCACUUGUGCAGGGCUGGCUGGGGGUGGGAGAGGCCAUGAGGGAAA